GCCUGCUUCGCGAGCAGGCAUAAUCCGUAGAGACGUAAGAGACGUAAGAGAUGCUGUGUGUACCCCGCAGUGCGCUCAGAAAUCCAAACUUGUAGCUCUCUCUCAUGACAGCUACAAUAAGCAGUUAAAAAUACGUGUCUCUCCUCCUCUUCUUCUCCUAUCCGAAGUACGUUUUAACGGAAAAGAGCAUUUCCAGUAUGAGAGCUACAUACUUACAAGCCCAGGCCUCGAUCGGCGGGCAGGUCUUCUCUGUGCUCUGUCCGCGGGGCUGAUCACCGUCAUUAGCCGUCGCCAAGGGGGACCAAGGCCCCUAAACCAGUUAACUUAACUAGCCAGUAGGCGGUUGCAGCAUCGCCAGCCUCACUAAGUUAGUGUGAUCAACAUUUUGCGUAUAGUUAGUUCAUUCUCUCUUUCCUGUAUUAACUAACUACCUUUUUUCUUCAUUCUUAAUAUCUGCCAGAGCUGGUUGGGGCGAGUGGAUGAGCACUACCUAGCCGCUGGCAUCAUAGCAUGUGUUUCCCCCCUUCCCCCUUUUCUUUUUUAUCAGUGGCAAUUGUCAGCGGUUGACAUUAUUGCCCCUUACAUGGACAGAAAGCACUGGGUGGGGGCGAACGAGUUCGCCCCCCUGCCUAUAUAUAUAUAUCCUAUAUAUCGCAUUGUCCGUAUUUCCAGACAAGAGCCGGCCUGGAGCAUUCGAUUUCGUUGCAGUAUUUUGGCAUCUUUCCUGAGCGUCGCAAACAUGAGAUGGCACCUGAUAAUGCCUGGGCCCUGGGCACUGGGCCGCUUCCUUCGGGAUCUGAUGGAAAGGAGUUGCAGCUAGUUAGUUAACCAUUCAGCCAUCAAGAACGGCGCCCCCGUCACCUGCAUCGUUUACGGAUCUUCGUCUAGCAG